ACACAACUGUGUGAAGUAAUACUGCUCCGUGGUGAUAACCAUAUGCACACACAAUGCGAUAGUAGUACUCGCGGCUUCUCCCACAGGGACCCGCCCUCGAUACACUGCCCCCAGUGGCGUCUCCAGUUAGCUCAGCUCCGCAGUAUGACACAGGAGGGGGGCGUUAUUCUGCAGUACGCAUGGCCACGCCCACCAGCCCCUACAAUGCGGUAGUGUCCUCCGGAAUCUGGCUGUAAACCGUCACAUAGAGCCCGGCACGUUUCGCCAAUGGAGAGAGAGACGCCCAUCCACCUAGCAGUCACAAUACGUCUCCAUGUCCUUCAGCGCUGUGUUCGAGCACCGCCAUGUUCCUGCAGACGGACGGCGUUAUAUUAUGCAGAGAUUCUUCAGGAAAAUGGCUCCUGUGGCCAGGACCGGAAAAUGACGUUUGGAGCGUUGCGUUCGCUUUUCUCCGCCCUUGUCACGUGACGCCUAGGUGUGGUUUUGCUUCGCCUCCGGACAAAGCGUCACUUAGCAACUUCCCGACGUAUAAAUUAUUCAUGAGGUAACGUCACUCCGCACGGCACGUUUUUCUACAGGCGUGUGACAUCAGUACGGGUGAGGCCGGUUUGAACGACACAGAAAAAGAACAAUGGCAGUAAAUGUUUAUUCCACGUCAGUAACCAGUGACAAUCUAAGUCGCCAUGACAUGCUUGCCUGGAUUAAUGAGUCCCUACAGCUCAACCUAACCAAGAUAGAGCAUCUGUGUUCAGGUAGCGUAUACUGUCAGUUUAUGGACAUGUUGUUUCCCGGAUCAGUCACAUUAAAGAAAGUAAAAUUUCAAGCCAAACUUGAACAUGAGUACAUCCAGAACUACAAAGUGCUACAAGCCGGUUUCAAGAAGAUGGGUGUCGACAAAAUAAUUCCAGUGGAUAAAUUGGUGAAAGGAAAGUUCCAGGACAACUUUGAGUUUGUACAGUGGUUUAAAAAGUUUUUUGACGCCAACUACGAUGGGAAAGACUACGAUCCAGUUGCUGCAAGACAAGGACAAGAGUCUGCCCCGGCCCCUGUACUCCCCACUCCAGUUAUGAACAAGCCCAAGAAACCAAUGGGAACGACAAACUCUGCUCCACAGAGGGCGGUACCUGCCCAAAGGCCUGCAGUAACCAACAGGCCUACCCCGGGAGUUGGCAGAAAGCCUGCUGCUGUGGGCAACGGUGAAGAGGAGUCUGCAGAGCUUGUUCAACAGAUAAAUGUCCUUAAAAUUACAGUUGAAGACUUGGAGAAAGAAAGAGACUUUUAUUUUGGCAAACUAAGGAAUAUCGAACUCAUCUGCCAAGAGAACGAAGGCGAAAGCAACCCUGUCCUGUCAAGGAUCAUAGACAUUCUUUAUGCCACAGAUGAGGGCUUUGUCAUACCAGAUGAAGGAGCACCCCCAGAGGACCAGGAAGAAUAUUAGCCGCACUCUCCUAACAUGCAGUCAUUUCGAAAACCAAUUUUUUUUUUUUUUCCCCUCCCGAAUCACGUGCUUACCUGUAAAAUAUUCCUUUUAUUCUCAGAGGGCUGGCUCACCACCUCCCUUUUUUUUUUUUUUUUUUUUUGAAAGUGUACUUUGCCAAAGUUUCACUCAUUUUACAGUGGUUUAACCUUGGAGAUUUCUCAUUUUGUAGCAAAGAAAAAGUGAAAGUAUUAAUGUCCAUUUUUUUUUUUUUUUUUUUUUUUUUUUUUCUCUUCCCUUUAAGGUUCCUAAGGGAACAUGUUGAGGACUUGAGAAGGUUCAUAUGUUGCUGAAUGGAAUGUUUUAAAUCUAGUGAAUAGGAGAUUAAAAUGCCUUAAGUUUACAUGUGCUUUCAUAUCAAAACUAUAAAGCCGUCUCGCUGAGCAUAUUAUUAGUAAGUGUGGUGGUUUGCUGUUUUUUGUGCCCGUUACAAAUCGGGCGCACAUUUUUUUUUUUUUUUUUUUUUGCUUGCAAAAGUAGAGAGCUCCCCCACUGACAUGCUGCUCCCGAUCUUAGAUGCUGAGGGGAAUGGGUUUGUGCGGUUGCCUCUACCUCUAGCAUCCUAUUGCUCUCCACUUCAAAUGGCAUCGUUGCAUGCAGACCCCUUUGGCAGCCUCGAGGGCAAUGCAAGUUUAGAAAUAUGUGUCAAGGAUAGAAUGAGGGGAAAUUUUUUACCGUGGCUUGGUGAUAAAUUUUGGGAUUUCCAGAAACCUCCCCCUAUAACUCAUCUCCCUCCCCCACAUAUGAUUUUUUUUAAUUAAUUGUAUAACUUUAUUUUUUUGCCAACAUAUUAUUUAAGUCAAUGUGUUGUAUGUAUCUGCUGUAACCUCCAGAUCACUGGGUUGUUCACUCCAGGAGAAGAAAAUGGUUUGGCUGUUUCUGUUAAUGUUCUGUUGGGUAACUAAAAGUAACGUGAAAUGCAUGAAAAACAAAAAAAGUAGAAAGAUUCGAGCCCGUGUUGUCUUGGUCACAAGCCAUCACCGACAUUGCAGUGCUACACUUUCUUAAUCUCUUGUGGCCUUUUUAAGACUCUUUAAUUAUUUUUUUCUUUUUCUCCUCUCCUUUCCUCCUUUUUCAGUUUCUCCAAUUUUUUUUUUGUACCCCCCUUUGUUCCUUUCUCAAAUUUUUUUCUACUUUAAGCCAUUUCUAAAUAAAACUUCUGUAUUACAAGAG